AUGGGACAUCACUCAGCUAAAUCGGAUUUAAUAGGAAGGUCAACGCAAAAUAUGCGAGUUGCAGUAAUUGGAGGAGGCCUGGUUGGUCUGUCAACGGCUCUGUACAUCACUGAGUCCCUUCCACAAUGUACAGUCACUGUCAUUUCUGAGAAAUUCUCUCCAAACACCACUGGGGAUGUGGCUGCUGGAAGUCUCAUACCUCACACUUACCCUGACACCCCACUUCAUCAUCAGAAAGACUGGUUCAAGGAGACGUUUGAUUAUCUUUUUAAAAUUGCUAACUCUCCAGAAGCUGCUGUGGCUGGUGUUAGCUUAAUUUCUGGAUGGCAAGUAUUCAAGAUGCCUCCUAAGGAUGCCUUUCCAUUUUGGGGCAGUGUGGUUUUGGGUUUUCGUUUGAUGACAGAGGCGGAGCUGGCAAAAUUCCCAUCUUAUACAUUUGGGCAGGCCUUCACCACACUAAAAUGCCAAUCUUCACUUUAUUUGCCAUGGAUGGAAAAAAGAUUUAAAAUGAACGGUGGACAUAUAGAAACCAGGAAAGUACAUGAUAUCUGGGAGCUACAUGGCAGUUAUGAUGUGGUUAUGAAUUGCACUGGGCUAGGCGCUCGGGAUCUGAUUGGUGAUAUGACAGUAUUUCCUGUAAGAGGACAAGUACUGGAGGUCCAUGCCCCCUGGCUUAAACACUUCAUCAGAGAUGUGGAUGGCAGCACUUACAUUUAUCCUGGACAAGAUGGUGUAACUCUUGGUGGAACCAGAGAAGUAGAUGACUGGAGUCUCUUACCGGUUGCACAGACCAGCAAAGAGAUAAUACAUCGCUGCUCUAAUCUUGAACCUUCUCUGCAUGGUGUUGCAGUAAUCAAAGAGAAAGUAGGUCUGAGACCAACAAGGGCAGCAGUGAGAAUAGAACAAGAGAUCCUUUGCAAAAAUAAGCAACAGCUUCCUACAAUACAUAAUUAUGGUCAUGGUGGAGGUGGAUUUUCUGUCCAUAGAGGUACGGCUAAGGCAGCCACCGAACUGUUGGUAAAGUUGAUCCCAUUUAAAACAGACUUCUAUUGCAAGUCAAAAUUAUAA